UCUACAAUCACGAUCAAAUGACUUGGGCUCAGGCGCAGAGAAUCUGCCGAAACAUGAAUGCAAACCUGGCAUCUGUACACAGCUACGACGAGUAUCAGUUCAUUCGAGGCGUCAUAUCUAGGGCCACUCAUGAAAGUGGACUAACAUGGAUUGGUGGCUCAGAUGGUCAACAGGAGGGUUACUGGUUUUGGAUCGAUGGAACCUCUUUCACAUUUACGCAGUGGUGUCAGGGAGAACCUAACAACCAUAGGGGAAACGAGCAUUGCUUGCUGGUGAAUUUUUCAGGAAGCAAGUGUUGGAAUGAUGGGACAUGUGACAGCCGAUUCCCAUUUAUUUGUGUCAGGGCCAUCUGAUGAUUCCUGGGCUGUCAUGAAGGUGUGGCCCACCUGACGACAAAGCAAAUACUCUAAUAUAUCACAAUAAGAAUCUGGUUCUGAUUUGAUUUACUUCUUUUCUUUUACUGUAAUGCUGCAUAAGGAAUGAAGCGACACGUGACAUAAA